GGAGCAUUCGGGUUGCGAAUUGUAUAAAGACUCAAUGCUGGGUAGUUCUCGGUUAGUGAAGGUUCUGAUUGCUAAGUACGAAAAUGCAUCGGUUAGCAUCCUUCGCCUUGUUGGCAACAACUGUCGUCCUGUUUCUGCUGUCGUCGUCAGCCGACGCCCGAGUAACAAGACAAAGAGACAAGCAACAAUCGGCCCAGACUGCUACACUCCCACCGGCGGUAACUGUAGCUGGUACAGAUACUGUUUGGAGGCGAGCAUCCCUUGCCAAGGCACACCAGACGACUAUGCUAUUACAUAUGCUGAGAAGUACUGUAACCUGUUCAACAGUAACUACAACAGAUUCUCUUCUGAGGGCAAGCAGUGGGUCGACGCAGUGCGCAAAUGUUUACAGGUCAAACUGGUUCCCCUUCUCAUCGCAGGUUCGCCAUGCACAGAUAAAGUCAACAGCGUUCGAUUCGCAUGUGACGUGUUAUCUGUCCCCCGGUGGUGGGGCGCCGGGACUGUGCGAUCUUCAAUUGGCAGACAUCAGAAUCAUCAGAGAUAUCGUCCUCGGUGCCAUGGGCUCAGCUUUUUGGGAAUCUUUAAAAGCAGGGCUGAAGGUCGCCGUUAGCGGAGGCUGCCUUUUCAAAUUAGUGAGAGCUCUCUUAUAACUUCAACUCGUAAAUUUAUCUGCCAUAGUGAUUAGGCAAAUAGUUACUAUCAUCUUGCUGCAAACCAGUGCCUUUUGCAUGCAACAAUAGUUGGCAUCAAACAAAAUCCAAUAAAACAAA